AUGAUGCGCAUGUUGCUCUCCUCGAAUCCCUCCCAUUCACCGCUUGACGUGGCUUCGUCCUGCUGUAGCACAGGAUUCGGGUCCACCGGUGCCAGUGCUACUUCGGCCGCCAGCGACACCGGCCUCACAGGCCCCACCUGUACUCCGCCCUGUUCCUCGGUUGCCAACUCGUCCACCACCACCACUGCCGUCUCUACCAUGAGCGGCGUUCUUCCUGGCACGACGGUUGAGUCGUCCGGCGCCAAUGGCUACGGACUCGGCCCGACCGGGCAGACGAGCCACGAUUUCGGGUUGGCCUCCAACACCAAUUUGACGGCUCUCAUCUCCGAGGCACCCUCGGGCGUGACUGGUUUUGCCGCAGCUGCGGCGGCAGCGGCUGUUGCUGCGGCUGUAGCCACCUCCGGCAACGUCGACACCAGAACCUCUUCCAAUGGAGUCAGCAGGAGCCGAUCUUCCGGCACCGCCAGUAGCACUGCCAACACCGGACAACAGGGUCCGACUAUUUCGCGUUCAGUUCAACAAGGACCACCCAAACAUUCCUUUCAUGAUUUGGGCCAGCCCAACGGCUACCAAUUAGCCUCAGGUCAACAACAACAACAACAACAACAACAACAAGCUUCGCAUCAAUCGCAUCAUCUUCUCUCGCAUCACGGCCACCAUCAGCAGAGUCAGAACUACAACCAGAAUCACAGUCAUCGCCACAGCCACGGCCACAAUCAUGCGUACCAUCGACUCACCUCGCCGGCCGCUUCACUUCUGGCUUCAAUGCGGGUAAAAGAAGAAUCGUUCACCAACGCAAAGCAACGAUCAAAAAAGGAGAGCCAUAAUAGAAGUGAGUCUCCAAAUCUUAUCCAUUUUCGCAACUUUAAUAUGAGAUGUAUUCACCCAAUUUCGUUUAAGGUGAUGAAGGACUGGUGGAAGAAAUUUCCCACAAUGAUAUGA